GCAGUACGGCCCGGCUGUCCCCGGCGGCGCUGCUCGGCGUGAAUAACUUCCCGGGGCGUUCUCAGGAAGUUCCUUGCAGAGGGCAGUUGGAGUCCCAGGGAGGCGGAAGGCCUCGCCUGCAGCCGGCCAGCGCUUCAGUCCAGAGCCCGGGCCCGAGCCCACUCCUCCUCUCGGCCGUGACCCGGCCUUGCCUCCCUCGGUGGAGCAUUAGGAGGAGCCAGAGCUCCGGAGCCGGUCUGGCCGGGGUUCCAGUCCUGGGUGUGCGGCGUAUUGCUGUGUAACCCCGGGCAAUCUCUGUUUGCCACUCUGGUUCUCAGUUUCCUGCUCUGUAAAACGGGCGCAUAGGCUUGAUCUGAGGAUGAAAUGAGGUGGUGAAUGCAAAGCGCGAAAAGGUGGCUCUGGAGAGUGGUGAGUCAGAGGAGACCACAGGCAGCAGGCAGCUGGGGCCAUGGCCUCCGACCUGGACUUCUCCCCUCCCGAGGUGCCCGAGCCCACCUUCUUGGAGAACCUGCUGCGGUAUGGACUCUUCCUAGGGGCCAUCUUCCAGCUCAUCUGUGUGCUGGCCAUCAUCGUACCCAUUCCCAAGUCCCACGAGGCGGAGGCAGCAGCAUCUGAGUCCAGGAGCGCGGAGACGACGAGGAAGCCCAAGGCUACUGCUCCUUCCACCAACAAGAGGCUCAAGAAGGAGGCCAAGAAGAAGCGGUAGAGGAGGCAGCCUGCAGAGCCGCGCGGGCGGGGCGAGGGCCUGGGGACAGCCCUCUGGGGGCGCAGUGUCCCCUUCCCUCGCUCCCGCCCAGGCUCAGGGUCUGGCUGGGAUGCCCUCUGGCCACAGAGGUCUGGACAAUCAUGACAGCCCCCCGCCCCAUCUGGGCAGACCACCACUUCCUCUUCCUUCUGUUUCCGUGACGGUUUAGGGCCAAGGGGAUGGAAACACCCUGUGAGCAGAGACUGUCUUGGAAGUCUGUCUGUUCAGAAGUCGGGUCAGCUCACAGAGUUACGUUUUCUUACUUAAUCACUGUGUCCAGCCUUUAGUCACCCACCUUGUGGGUUUACACUACAUUUUAGCGUCAUCAUCUGAUACUGACAAGCACUGCCGUCUCCCAUUAUCUGUGCACCGCACAUCUGCUCAUCAGUCACCUUUGUCUCUGCUUGUACACGUGGAGCCAGGCCAAGCCUCCCCGUUUGUUUAGGUCGAGACGCAUGACCACUGCAAUGUUAGUGGUCCCACUAGUGGGACAGCCAGGUCUGAAAGAUGCCUGGUGUGAGACCCGGCAGAAGACCCAGGUAAUGCCUGGUUCUCCUCCGGCAGAUGGAAGGGAUUUGGCAGAAUGAGGGCAUGUUUUUGGGCCCAAACUUUCUGAGCCUCUGAAAUGGGGGCUUGUCAAUCUCAGACCAACCUCUUUUCAACCCAUCACAGCACAUUCAAGAUGUGCCUUUUGGCUUCCACCUGUACACCCUCCCUGCACGCACACGUGCGUGCGCACACACACGCCCCCAGUUUUUUCAGCCCCUGGCCAGUGAGGAAAAAUUAUUUGGGGAAGUAAACAUCAAUAAACUGCCCUGCUUGCUGAA